AUUUAUUUUGAGGGUACUUAUAUAAGCCAGUGUUUCAGUCAGUUUGGGUUUCAUUACCAUUACGCAGCUUUAUCCGCUAUAUUCGUUCUGGGAAUUUCAUCCGAAGCGAGGGUUGUUUCGAUGGCGUUCGCUAAGAACUACGCAUUUUUUAUGCUUAUCUUGUUUCCUUGUUCUCUUCAUGUAGUUCAUGCAUUGAAUUACGCUACGUUUAGUUCUGGUGACGGCAAUUUCAUGUUGCACUGGACCUGUAGCAACAACAAGCUGGUAUUCAACAUGACUUGUAAAGCAACCGGCUGGUGUGCAGUGGGUUUUACAGAAAAUCCUGGCGGUGGAGGUAUGGUAAACUACGAUAUCGCUGCCGGUGGGGUCGACAAUGGUACAUCUUAUCUUGAGGUAAGUUUAUAUAUCGUGACUGUACUUUUCUGUAGUGAAGUAUUAAAUAUAAGAAAAAUUGCUUGGAUGAACAGUUUGACAGUGAUGUGCACCGAGGGGAUCUAGACUAAGUCUGAGUUCGUCUUUAGAAUAAUUAUUUUUCUGAAAUACGGAGUUGAAAGCAACAAUUUACAUACUGAGAAAGACAUUGUUUCAUCUUGGCUUUCUUGGUAAAAAAAAGAAUUUACUUUUUUAAAAAUUUCCAGUUCGGUGAUUGCCAAGAUAUCCACUAUCUUUUCAGUCUAUUUACAGUGAAAGACGGCGUAGAAUGAUUUUAAUUUGAAUUAAAAGUGCUUGGUGGGAAAAGCAUCGUGUUCGACAAAACCAAAGCUAGCAUUGACUGAAUUGGGGUUAGCGCAGCAUGAAACAUCUGCACGUCAGCCUUAUAUUUAUUCCGCGUGCCAACUACGCUAAAUAUUUCCGCGGACAUUUUAGACAUUUAGACUUCAGAACAUUCGUGUCUUAAAUCCAGUUCUCAGCUAUUGCUGCAGUCAGAUAACUCAUGUCAGAAACAAAAAUCAGUCUGGACACCAAAGCGCUCUUUACGGAUUUUAAGGGAAUAUUGAAGACCCUAUCAUUUCUAUUCUUUGGACAAAGUAAUAUAUCUGCCUCAGGGUGUAUAUGAUACAGGCCCGUUAGUCUACUUUUUUUCUUCUAAAACAUUUUGUUUAAGUUGAUUUAGCACCACAGAAGGAUUCUUCUAACUUACGCGCCCCGAAUUAUCAAAAUUAUAAAAACUCAACAUUAAACCUUUCCCCUAUUCCUGUGAACAAAAGUGAAAAAAAGAAGUGAUUUAUAUAAAACCCUGAUAAAAGAGCUUAUUAAAAUGUUCACUCAAGCUUCGAUCACGCAUCACAAUCGCCCGGGGGGAGGGGGCUGUUAUUCCCGCUGUAAAAGUUAGUAAAGGAUUUAAUCUAUGAAAGUCAAAAAAGGAGUUAAGACUCAUUUAAAAGAGCGUACUGAAAUUUUUCUCCUCCUCUCGAUACAUGAAAAUGGCAUGCGGCAUGAUAUAAAAAUGUUUGCAAGUCACUUUGCGCCGAACCAAUGUGCGUGAAAGUUCUUUAUGAGCAUCAUGUACGAGUAGCCAGGAGAAAACGGCUGUUAGAGAACGAAUGAUUUAUUUCCUUUACUCAAGACAGCUUUUGUUGACCCGAAGUCUUUUUAUAUUAACGAUUUCGUAUCUGCAAAGUUUCAUUCUUUGCUGGUUUAGUUUUGUAUGAUUGUUUCUGAUGCAAAAAUAUCUUGUAAGCCUCAGUUCAAACAAAAUUUUUUUCAUGAUCCUAGAAUCCAUAGAUAAGGGUAUUGUGUAUAAACGGAAAAAAUAUUGAAUUUCACUGGAGUUCUCAGGGAAAUUUUUUUUAAAAGUUAUUAAAGUGUGAAAAAAUUGUAAUAGAUAAAGCUAAGGUAAAACUGGCAACAAACACGUGCAACUUGUUUCGCAACAUUGCUGCAGAACGUGUUGACAAGCAUGUUGCCCGUUUUACCAUCCACGUUCAAACCUGUAUUGAAACAAAUAAAGGUUGCUGCAAGUUGAGUAAAUACUGACUUCUGAUUGGAUAAGAUUAUGCGGGAGUCACGCCAUACAAAGGCAUUACGUUACUUGCUGCAAAACAAGUUUGCCUUGAGCCGGUAAACGCGCAACGUAGACAGAUGCAAAAAGUAGAACUACUCUAUACUUUCUGCAACAAAUUUUUGGCAACCUGCAACAAUUUGAUUUGUUGCAAGACUGUGAGGUUUGAACGUGGGUGAUAAAAAGCGCAACAUUGUUUUUCAACUCCUUUUGCUGCAAUGUUGAAAUACUAGUUGCACCUUUUUUGUGCCCGUUUUACUGUACCUUAACCAAAAAUAGGUGAGCAUGAAUCAGUUUAAUACUUUCAAAUUCAAAAUUUUUAAAUUAUUUUAAAUUUUAGAAUUAUUAAAAACUGAAUCAUUUGAUAAUGCAAUUCUAGCGUUUUGAUUGGCUUAGCCGUUAUGAUAUAUGAGCCAUUAUACCAUGUUCUCCAUAUAUGGUCGGUGUUCGCGUCAGUUUAAAAUUGGAAGCUAGCUGAGAUUUUUUUCGCGAAGGAUAGAAUGGGACCCGAAGCAAAUCGUUUUCAUUUCUUAGAAUACUAGAAAAUGCAAUUUCAUCAGGGAAAAACAAACAAAGAAAGACGUUUGUCGAAAAACACAUGAAAAUACAUGAGGCUAAAAUACCUUGACCAGCUACGAAAGAAGACAAUUGUGGUUUCUUCAUGAUCGCGAAGCCACUCGCCGAGUCGCUCGCCGAUAGAUAACUGCAGCCUGUUUAUCCGACAUGAAGAAUCGGUAAAUCACAAGCAACCAGCUACAAAUACAGGCUAUGCAGCCAUUGACUACAGCAAUCGAUGCGUCAGUACAGCUUCUUCUCUCGUUCAGUAAAACCAGCCGGUGGCUUCAAACAACUUCAUAACAAGCGAUUGAGGUAGUUUUUCUCCAUUGUUCUUACUUUUGUAACUGCACCAAAAAUCCAAAUUCACAGUAAUUUCGACGGCUGCAGUUAAAAAUUAUUUUUCUUCACAUUAUCUGCGAGGUUUUUGUAGCUGUCCUGCUGUGUAAAAUUCUAGAAUUCUGAUGAAUUUUUUAAAAAGUGUUCAUCGCUAUAUGUUUUGAUUUUUCAUUCAUCCAGUCCGUUCACGCGUUGACAGUUUUGAUAGACGUGUGACAUGUGAAUAGCGGAAGUCCCUUGUCUUUUCCGGUUUGUUCUAAAAAAAUUAAGUGGGGAAAUGCAUCGAGAUUUUGAGGGCGUUUUUAAUAAAACAAUUAUUCCAUUCGCGCUUGUUGGAUAUGAGAUGAUUAUAGCCAACUCGGCGCUACACGCCUUGUUGGCUAUCUAGCAUCUCAUGUCCAAAGCGCCCUCGUGGAAUAAUUGUUAAAUAAAACUAAGGUAUAAUCGUCUCACGCAAGCUGAGAAGGAUCACUGCCUAACUAAUGUCAGUAUUAACAGAAAGUACUGCAGCAUUGCUAUCUUUUAGAUACCCUAGUUGAGGAUAUAGGAUAAGAUAGGGAGGAAUGUGAAGGUUGGCAAUAAGCGGUCUACAUGUGUGGUACCAACAACUAGUUACCAAACAAUUCAAGGUCAUGAUGAUAGUUUAAAAACUAUUUAACUUUUGUACUGAAACGAAGGAGGAGAGGCAUCACUGCCCACACUAGUCUGUUUACUGAACUUGUUACUGCAUAGAAAUUUCCUUGUUCAUGUCUUUCCAUACGAUGAUAAACAAUUAUUGGAUGAGGUUUUUGUGAAAUCCGGAAUAAUGAAGGUCGAGGUAAGUGUUACAAGCCGAGCCGAAGGCCUAAGCUGAUGACACUUACCGAGACCUUGAUUAUAUAGGAUGUCACAAAAACCGAAUCUAAUAAUUGUUUUAUAACACAUUGUUUUGAAAAACAUAACGACAAACACACCGUCUCAAGGAACUUGACUUGAUAUUGUUACAGGAAAUCAUAUAUUGCGCCCGCAACCUACAGAUUAGACAGUUAUCUGCUAGUAGAUAACUAACUAAUAUGUAGGUUGCGUUGAAUUCUAAAAUUAGCUGUGGGUUCUUAGCCAAUGAGAGGACAGAUAGUGAGUACAAUGUAUAAAAACGUCAUUUAUCCGUUUACAACGUUUACCAGUCAGGAGUUUAUCUACUCUGGAGACCGUUUACGAAUUUAAAAAUCCUUAAGCCAAAGAUCGCUUGAAAUCUUCUAAGGCAUGCACGCGUCAACGCAUACGUUUCAAUUUCAACUAACCAAAGUUAGCCAAGCCAGGAGCCCAUAACCCUGAGUGAGCAACUUCCAUGCGCUCCGCGUGUCACGGCGUUUUCGCGGACCAGUUUAUUUUUAGAACGGUUUUGGCGCGAAUUUUGAAUAUCUUUUAAAUUCCACAAACCAGUCAGCAAAACCUACAGACCUAAAAAUGAUAUUUUUUGCCUUUUAAUAACGUUUAGUCUCCCUUUUUGAUAUCUUAUACUUCGAAUGCGCUCAUAGACAUGGUGGAGAUUCUAUUUUCGUGGGAAAAGUGCCCUAGUGUGUCAUUGCGCAGAAUGGCUAUUGUUCUUGCAGUCGAGCUAGAAGCAUAGGUCGGUAAUAUUACAGGUGAAGCGUGAACUGAAUCACUAUCAUUGGUGGAAGUCUGCGCGGUCUUUCCUUUAUAUUGAUUACCGCCUUGUUCAUCAACUUGUCAGGGCAGAGCAAAAAAAACCAAAGGCCAUGCGAGCUGUUGUUCAUCCUUUUGUUUCUUAAUAUCUCAACUUAAAUCGCUUAUACAACGCGUGCUUACAAGGGUGACAAUAGAAACACAGAAGUCUUUAAAGGACAGUUAAUAUUUCAAUGCGCCAACGUGCAAAGAAAGUUAUGUCCGAUAGCCCAGGGCUAGUGGAUUUUGCUAUUGGGCUAGUGAUUUUUGUUCUUAAAUCGUCCGACGGGCAAGUGCUGUUUUUGGGGGAAAUUCAAAUUACAGAAGGAUUGUAAUCAAUCCUGUUAAUCAAAAAGGGUUUUGGGGCUAAUUGAAAAGACUUGUGGGCUAGUACACGCUAGCUACAGCUUGCCCAAAUGGUAGGCUGUAGCCUGCAAAGCAGGCGUAUUUUGGAGCGGGAUCCAUGAAUUGUUUUAGGAAUGACGUUGUCCCGCCAUCUUGGACGUUAAUACUACCAGAGAGUUGGGACGAGUCAAAAAGUGUUUUUAAGGGAGAGGUAGAUGGUUUUAGGUAGGCUGUAACACUGACUUUCUUUGCACCCUGUGCGCUUAAACUUAAUCAAUCUUACGAUGCUUUUACAGCUGAGAUUGAAUAAAGUUACAGUCCUUUGAAAACUGGUUGCAAUUGAGUAUUGUCGAAAAAAAUUUUCGCGCGCGAACUAGAGCGCGCUUGUGUCGUCACUAUUACGCUUUAAGCCCAAGGCAGUCUAGAGGUAAUUUUAUUUUUGACUGAGCCAUUUUUCCACAGGUAUGUUAAUUUGUUUGUUGGGACUGAUUUUUCUGAGGUUUUCAAAGGACCUCGCCUUUCAACGUAUAAAAUCCAUGACUUGCAAACACAUUUCAAGCAUACCAAAAACUUUUCAAUAUACACACUUCUCAUCUUGCCACACUUCAAACCGCAAAAAAGGAGUUUUAUAAAAGGAGAAGCAUUACGUAUUUCGAUUUACUUGAACAGGGGCCGCGAGGAAUCGGUAGGUAAUGAUGACGUUUCUAUUGUUUGCGCCCGCAAGUGCGAAAUGGUUAGGAUGACGUAAAGACAGAAAAUCCCGAAGGGACCGCUUCGGUAGAUUUUGUGACAUUUGACGUUUUGACUUUUGCGUUACGUGUUAUCAGUGACAUUCUGUGGAGCAGUUGUUACGAAAGUUAUGGACCAAAAGACAUUCGUUAUGCGCAGAUGAAGUUAUAACGUGCGUAUAACUGUGUGUAUAUAAACACUUGGAGGCGUUGCCGGACACCAGUUCACAAAUCUUUGAUUGGAAACCUUGCCAGACACCCUUUCUCUCUUUUUGACGAGAAUUAGCUAGUAAGACUCGGCCCCGAACAAGCAAGACGAGUGAAUCAACGGCGAGCUUAUCACUAGCAGAACGAUGGACGAUUACAGAGAUUCGCCGACAAUCAAAUUCUGUGCUGACUUAUUCCCUGCUCACAGAUUUCCUUCCACUACAAAGUUUAAAAUAAGACUAGAAUGCGCGAGAGUGAAUUGAUCAAACGUCCUUUUAAUUUCUAAGGCUUACUUUCCGGCAAAUAAAACGAACUGAAUGUAAAAGUGAAAGAGAAAUAGCGAAAAAUUCAACUUCUCAUUAAAUCUUUUCUUAUGGUUUAGAAUAAACUAUUCCGGAAACUGAGAAUGUUUUGAUCAAAGCUGUGUAAAUCGAACUGAAACUGUGCAUGGAAUCUUGCGUCUCCUGUAUUUAUCUCACCUAUUGUAUGGAAUAUGUGUGAAAAUCUUCAUUAUGAAUCGGUAUAUUUCAAAGAGCUACACAACGAGCAAGAAUACUAUUGACCGACAAUAUACAGAGCGGGGGAAGCUGUGGUGUCAACUAUUGUUAGUAGUAUUGAUCAAGCGUAUACGCCUGGCAGAUUUAGGCUUUUGUACAUUAUGCUUUUGCUUCCCUACUAAAAUGCUCCACCUUAAUGCUCCAUUUUUCCCACUAAACUGCUCGGUCUCCCUAAAAAAGUCUCUAAAAUGCUCGCUAUUACGAGUAAUAUGUUUGCCAAAAAAUUUUAAUUAAAGUUUCAAAUGUGAAUGUUUUUGCACGUUCACAACGUUCAUCGUUGCUGUUGCACAACAAGUUCAUAAAUACAGCCAAAAAAACCAGCUGUAUUAGGUUUUUUGUGAAUUUUGAAUUCUAGUCUUCAUUUUGUCUAAAAAAGCAGGAGCUCAUGGGGCAUGGGCUCCUGAAAAAAGUUAAUUUCUAUUAUAUUUUCUCGGAAAAAUUAAUUUCCCGGGGAAAAUGCCACUAAAAUGCUCGAAUAAUGCUCAAUGCUUUUGCCUCACUAAAAUGCUCGAAAAAAUGCUAGCAUAAUGUACAAAAGCCUAGGCAGAUUGUGUUAAUAAAGUCUAGUGAUUCUUAAAUAUAUUUCAAAGUUCGCGGCACCAGAUAAGAGCAUACUUCACAGUGAGUGGUUUUCAAUGGCGUAUUGUUAUAUUUGACAGCCAUUGUUAUUCAUACCUGUGCGUAAAACAGUAGCUCGCUGGCCUUAGGUACGCUGCGUUUCUACCAGACUUUUUUAAACUCGCAGGGAUAGUGGUUCUUGUCCAUAAACUUUAAAAGUUAAAGGUAUUCUCUUUAAGGAAAGAGCAAUCUUACAUAUUCUGGCUAAAAAUAAAUUGGUCCUAGUAUGGGAGUUGCUCACUUCUGGUUAUGGGCUCCUAGCCAAGCCUGAAAGUGGAGUUGCAACAAACUUCUAGGAAACACAUAGAAUGUUUUCUGUAAAUUAGAAAACAUAGAUAAUCUCUUGAAAUUAUGCAAUAACCAAUAACACCAAGAAGAAGUUUAGAAUGAACGGUUAUGAAAUUUUAAAAAAGUUGGUAAAAUAAAGGAAAAACAGACAAGCUAAGUAAUUACUUGUGAAAAUGCAAACUUCCUCUGCAGGCAUCAUAAACUCACUAUGUGAACGCUUGUUUAAGUUACAGCCGAAGCUAGUGUAAGCAAACACUGGUUUUUUAAAUUCGAAAAAGAAAUCGUUACUAGUGCUGAUUACGAGAAUGAGCCCUCGUAGGUGACUGCAACAAGUCAAACUUUAGAGGGUGGUGUCAUUAAUAAUUCGUAAAGGAAAAAACAAAAAACCUAUAUUUUAUUAGUGUCUUUAUAUCUGACAUAGACACGGCUAAACUUUACUUCCAAUUACAACUUACACCAAAAUAACCCAAACUGACUCUAUAUGUGACCUACAGGAUUACUGGAGCACCAGCACUUCACCACCGCCAAAAGAUGCUGUUAACAACUUUGAGCUAGUUGAAGCCAUGGAGAUGGGUGGAUAUACCAGCGUUAAAUUUCAAAGAAAUUUGACGACAGGAGAAUCAAACAUAGAUGUUCAGUUUACGGUAAGGUUGUACAACAAAUAUUCCAGUAACAUGUGUGAGUGGACUCUGUAGCUAGUCUUUACACUAGACCGUUAAGUAAAACUUAUGAGCUAGCUUUAUUUUAUAUGAUACUAUAUUUUUCACGAAAAAGGUACCCUUUUCGUAUACCUUCUAUUAACGAAUGGUACCCCUUUAACAUACCCUGUUUAGAACUUUCAUCCUAAAAAUUAAUCACAAAAAUAGAAAAUUUUGUCAACUUCAGUUAUAAUGCCAUAAAAUUCAUGUGUUUGCGGCAUUUUUGGGUUAGGGUACCGUUACUGUUUUCAUUAAUAAACAAUUGGAAUGUAGAUAACGCGUACAGUAAUUGAGAAAACAACUUUCAAUUUCCCUUCAGUACAUGAAAAUUUUUUUAAAACACGUUUAAAAUUCGGCUAUAAAACCGCAACAGUGCACUUUAUGUGUACGGUAGGUUAUUCAUCAUUUUCGCGCCUUUAAUUUCAAAAAAAAACUUCGCAAACUUGUCAAUUGAUAAUUUUCAGUUAUAAGUUACUGCCGGCUUUUUACAUAGUUACUUUCUUCGUCUACCUUUGGAUUUCAGAACAAUACUGAAGUCUAUAUUGUCUGGUCUAUGCACUCAACUACGGAUGCCAAUCCAGCGUCGGCAAAUUUGAGCCCACAGCACACUAUGAGGGGAAAGUCAGGAAAUACGCGAAACCUGAUCGCUGAGGCCAUGGCUGCAGCGAUGACACCUACCACCACUACCAUGAUGAUGCCAUCCACAUCUGUUGUUUCUACGCCUCAACCAACAGGUAAUGACCGACGUCCAUAUAAAUAAUAUAUUCCCGCAUUCUAAUUAACUUGAUUACUUCCUGCAGUUACUGGCAGUGGAACAUCAAUAUAACGAAGGGCCAAGCUACGGGCAAAAUUUGUUCGCUAUAACAAGGUUUCGUUAUAUCGAGGUUGAUUUUCAUAUAUUUUACUAUUACUGGGGUAAAGAAAAUCGUUCGCUAUAUCGACGACUUCGUUACAUAGAGGUUUGUUAUAUCAUGAGGUUCCACUGUACGUAAUUUGUCAGAAAAAGCUAUGAAUGACCAAACGAAGAAGAUUUACAUCAUUCUUCUAAUAAGUUUUCAUCACUCGACAAUUGAAAAAAUGAUAGCAAAAACUCUUGAUCUUGUGUCCUUGACGUUGUCUCAGACAACGCUUGAAGGGAAUAAAUAACACAUACUAUUUUUGAAUCCAAAUAUUUUUGAUAUCCGCCAAGAAAAAAUUUCCAUUUCCACACGUACCCGUAAUCAAAUCGAAUUUACCCGUUCCGGCGCGUACCCGACACGCAUUCGGAUUCACUCUAGUACCCAGGACUGCUCUGGGAAUAUUGGCAACAAAGCUAAGCAUGCGUCGUAAAGCACGUGAAAUCUGCAUGUAGAAUAGACCUUUUUACCGAUACGGCGGCCAUAUUGAAUAAAUUCGAUUUAAGGAGUAUUAUAGGAUGCCCAGGGGGCAUGAGCCCAUUUCGUUUGUAUUUUUCGGCGCUUUUCGGGACAUUUUUUCUUAAAGUUUUCUUAGAAUAAGAUUGUAAUGGGUAAAAAGAUCCUUGUGCCGUGUUUGGAUGUAAUAAUGAUCGUCUUUUUCUAGUUUAGUGUUAGAAAUAUGGUCUUUCACUGUAUAUUUCUCGGGAAAAAGGCGAUCAUUAUUACAUCCAAACACGGCACAAGGAUCUUUUUUUCCCAUUACAAUCUUAUUCUAAGAAAACUUUACGAAAAAAUGUCCCGAAAAGCGCUCGAAAAUAUUUACGAAAUGUGCUCAUACAGUAUUCAUCGUAAAAAACUGGGCUUGAUCCUGUUACGUCACCGGAUAAAACAAUAUUAAAUCCGGACUUAGUGUCUACACGAUUCCGAAUUCAUGGCAUAUGCAAAAAUUUCCACUCUGGAGAGCGGAUUCAAAAAGUUGCGGAUUCGUAUGCCCGAUUCACCGGAUACGUGUGGACGAAAGCCUUGUUUAUGUACACUCUUUAGCAAGAAUGUUGUUUUUCCGGCCCCGGGCUGAAUUAAUAUUCUAAUUUUUUUGUCAAUUCUAGGCUAAAAAUAUUCUGGAAUUAUUCUUAAUUAUAAAUGGCGAUAAAUCCGUUUAUGGAUGUAUCAUGGGGUUUUAAUUGCCACUGCGCUUGCCGUUUUGUUAAGUGAAAAGCAUAAAUUCUGCUGUAUUUAUCAAAUUCUCAGCCUUGGGUUUAUUCUUAAACUAGUAAUAACCAAAGGUUACGGAGUGCGGGCGACAAUGAUCGAAGGUCAAAACGCUCUGUGCUUUGUGUAAGUUUUAUGUGACAGAUCGUCUAAACACACGUGCUCAGAUUAUGAGUGAUCGAAGGUCCAAACGCGCGUGGUCAAAUCGCGUUCUCCCAUGGGCGUUCAUUCUUAGUGGAAGUCCGAACGAAUGCUGGCUACAUACAUGCGACGCAUACCCAAGAACAACCUGGAGAUUAGGAUUGAGGGCUCCUCUUGUCACCUGCACUUAUUCUUAGAAUUUCGCAGAAUUCAGCCUCGACAUUCUUAUAAAAUAUAUUCUUAAAAUGAUUAUGUAUAAUCUUGCAUAAUCCGAGACCCCGCGCGAGCAACUGACCGCCGUGAUUUCCACUGUAAAUGUCAAAUUACAUGGGUAAACGGGAUUUAAAAUUAAGUCACAUAUUUCAAAUCGUAAAGCACCUCACACUUUCUUCCGGCUUUCGAACUGAGACCAACACCUCUGCACAGAUGUUUUCUUCCUUUUUACAAUUCGACAGCGCUCUAGUAAAUCUAUUGUCCAACGAAUCCCCUGCGGCUUAAUCUGCUUAUUCCUUCAGGGAAUUCUCGGCAUCCGAAGCGAGGGUUGUUUCGAUGGCGUUUCUCAAGAGCUACGCAUGUUUAUGCUUAUCUUGUUUCCUUGUUUUUUCCAUGUAGUUGAUGUAUUGAAUUACGCUAUGUUUAGUGCUGGUAACGGCAAUUUCAUGUUGCAUUGGACCUAUAGCAACAACAAGCUGAUCUUCAACAUGACUUGUAAAGCAACCGGCUGGUGUGCAGUGGGUUUUACAGAAAAUCCUGGCGGUGGAGGUAUGGUAAACUACGAUAUCGCUGCCGGCGGGGUCUCUGCUAAUAACACAUCUUAUCUUGAGGUAAGUUUGUAUAAUGUGACCGGUUGUACUUUUCGGUAGUGAAGUAAACUAUAAGUUAAUUGAUCGUUUACCUGGUUGCUAGAGAAAGAUUACUUAGAUCCUCUUAGAUGAACAGAUACAUGUCGCACUUUGUAAUACCUAUCGCACUUUGUAAUAAAAUAAGCUGUCGUAAUAAACUUGUAAUAAACUUGAAAUAGAUGGUCGGAGGACAAGUAAACCCAAUAACAAGAAUUCUAAUUGACAACAACAACAGUAAUAACAAUAAUAACAAUAAUAAUAAUAGUUGUUUAUUGUUAUUAUUAUUAUCAUAAUCAGGAUUCAAUAGAAAUACAUAAGGUGGGAGGAAUUCUAAAAUUAAACUAAAAACUAUUUUACUUUUGUACUGAAACUAAGGAGGAGAGGCAUCACUGCCAACACUAGUCUGUUUACUGAACUUGUUACUACAUAGAAAAUUCCUUGUUUAUGUCUUUCCAUACGAUGAUAAACAAUUAUUGGAUGAGGUUUUUGUGAUAUCCGGAGUCAUUAGUAAUUCGUAAAGGAAAAAACAAAAAAGCUAUAUUUAAUUAGUGUCUUUAUAUCUGACAUAGACACGGCUAAACUUUACUUCCAAUUACAACUUACACCAAAAUAACCCAAACUGACUCUAUAUGUGACCUACAGGAUUACUGGAGCACCACAACGUCAGCACCACCAAAAGAUGCUGUUAACAACUUUGAGCUAGUUGAAGCCACGGAGAUGGGCGGAUAUACCAGCGUUAAAUUUCAAAGAAAUUUGACGACAGGAGAAUCAAACAUAGAUGUUCAGUUUACGGUAAGGUUGUACAACAAAUAUUCCAGUAACAUGUGUGAGUGAACUCUGUAGCUAGUCCUUACACUAGACCGUUAAGUAAAACUUAUGAGCUCCUAAGUUUUACUUAAGAAGGCCCAAGAAAAAUUUCAAUUUUUUUUUCUUUGCAUCUCAUUGAAGUCGGAUAGUUGAGACGAUUCAAGAAAAAAAAAGCUUCAAGUGACUGAAAAACCAUCCUUAAAACCGACUUUGCGAACUUGCGCUUUCUUGAGCUUUGUUUGAGGCAAAGCUUGUCAAUCAAUCUUAAUUAUAUUUCACUCCUGGGAAAAAAGACUUAAGUUAACCUGAAGUAAAAAAAAGAAUCAUUUGUGUCUGGAGCUUUAUUUUAUAUGAUACUAUAUUUUUCACGAAAAAGGUACCCCUUUCGUAUACCUUCUAUUAACGAAUGGUACCCCUUUAACAUACCUUGUUUAGAACUUUCAUCCUACGAAUCAAUCACAAAUAUAGAAAAUUUUGUCAACUUUAGUUAUAAUGCCAUAAAAUUCAUGUGUUUCCGGCAUUUUUGGGUUAGGGCACCGUUACUGUUUUCAUUAAUAAACAAUUGGAAUGUAGAUAACGCGUACAGUAAUUGAGAAAACAACUUUCAAUUUCCCUUCAGUACAUGAAAAGUUUUUUAUAACACGUUUAAAAUUCGGCUAUAAAACCGCAACAGUGCACUUUAUGUGUACGGUAGGUUAUUCAUCAUUUUCGCGCCUUUAAUUUCGAAAAAAAACUUCGCAAACUUGUCAGUUGAUAAUUUUCAGUUAUAAGUUACUGCCGGCUUUUUACAUGGUUACUUUCUUUGUCUACCAAUGGAUUUCAGAACAAUACUGAAGUCUAUAUUGUCUGGGCUAUGCACUCAACUACGGAUGCCAAUCCAGCGCCGGCAAAUUUGAGCCCACAGCACACUAUGAGGGGAAAGUCAGGAAAUGCGCGAAACCUGAUCGCUGAGGCCAUGGCUGCAGCGAUGACACCUACCACCACUACCAUGAUGAUGCCAUCCACAUCUGUUGUUUCUACGCCUCAACCAACAGGUAAUGACCGACGUCCAUAUAAAUAAUAUAGUCCCGCAUUCUAAUUAACUUGAUUACUUCCUGCAGUUACUGGCAGUGGAACAUCAAUAUAACGAAGGGCCAAGCGACGGGCAAAAUUUGUUCGCUAUAACAAGGUUUCGUUAUAUCGAGGUUGAUUUUCAUAUAUUUUACUAUUACUGGGGUAAAGAAAAUCGUUCGCUAUAUCGACGACUUCGCUACAUAGAGGUUUGUUAUAUCAUGAGGUUCCACUGUACGUAAUUUGUCAGAAAAAGCUAUGAAUGACCAAACGAAGAAGAUUUACAUCAUUCUUCUAAUAANAUGUGUACGGUAGGUUAUUCAUCAUUUUCGCGCCUUUAAUUUCGAAAAAAAACUUCGCAAACUUGUCAGUUGAUAAUUUUCAGUUAUAAGUUACUGCCGGCUUUUUACAUGGUUACUUUCUUUGUCUACCAAUGGAUUUCAGAACAAUACUGAAGUCUAUAUUGUCUGGGCUAUGCACUCAACUACGGAUGCCAAUCCAGCGCCGGCAAAUUUGAGCCCACAGCACACUAUGAGGGGAAAGUCAGGAAAUGCGCGAAACCUGAUCGCUGAGGCCAUGGCUGCAGCGAUGACACCUACCACCACUACCAUGAUGAUGCCAUCCACAUCUGUUGUUUCUACGCCUCAACCAACAGGUAAUGACCGACGUCCAUAUAAAUAAUAUAGUCCCGCAUUCUAAUUAACUUGAUUACUUCCUGCAGUUACUGGCAGUGGAACAUCAAUAUAACGAAGGGCCAAGCGACGGGCAAAAUUUGUUCGCUAUAACAAGGUUUCGUUAUAUCGAGGUUGAUUUUCAUAUAUUUUACUAUUACUGGGGUAAAGAAAAUCGUUCGCUAUAUCGACGACUUCGCUACAUAGAGGUUUGUUAUAUCAUGAGGUUCCACUGUACGUAAUUUGUCAGAAAAAGCUAUGAAUGACCAAACGAAGAAGAUUUACAUCAUUCUUCUAAUAACUUUUCAACACUCGACAAUUGAAAAAAUGGUAGCAAAAACUCUAGCCUGAGUAUCAGGCGUUUCUGGGGAAAAGGGGAAAAAUCUCCUCUCCCCUACCCCGUUAGGAAGGCCUGCUACUCAGGCUACAAAAACUCUUGAUCUUGUGUCCUUGACGUUGUCUCAGACAACGCUUGAAGGGAAUAAAUAACACAUAAUAUUUUUGAAUCCAAAUAUUUUUUAAAUCCGCCAAGAAAAAAUUUCCAUUUCCACACGUAUCCGUAUUCAAAUCGAAUUUGCCCGUUCCGGCGCGUACCCGACACGCAUCCGGAUUCACUCUAGUACCCAGGACUGCUCUGGGAAUAUUGGCAACAAAGCUAAGCAUGCGUCGUAAAGCGCGUGAAAUCUGCAUGUACAAUUAUGGCAGAAUCACCCCAGAAGAGCUUUGCAAAGAGCGAGCUAAGGUUCCUUCCUCGACGGGUAAGAGAGGGAACCUGGGAACGAGGUUGCUAUCUUGAAUACAGUAUUCAAGGUAAAGAACUGGGCUUGAUCUUGUCACGUCACCGGAUAAAACAAUAUUAAAUCCGGACUUAGCGUCUACACGAUUCCGAAUUAAUGGCAUAUGCAAAAACUUCCACUCUGGAGAGCGGAUUCAAAAAGUUGAGGAUUCGUAUGCCCGAAUCACCGGAUACGUGUGGACAAAAGCCUUGUUUAUGUACACUCUUUAGCAAGAAUGUUGUUUUUCCGGCCCCGGGCUGAAUUAAUAUUCUAAUUUUUUUGUCAAUUCUAGGCUAAAAAUAUUCUGGAAUUAUUCUUAAUUAUAAAUGGCGAUAAAUCCGUUCAAGGAUGUAUCAGGGGGUUUUAAUUGCCACUGCGCUUGCCGUUUUGUUAAGUGAAAAGCAUAAAUUCUGCUGUAUUUAUCAAAUUCUCAGCCUUGGGUUUAUUCUUAAACUAGUAAUAACCAAAGGUUACGGAGUGCGGGCGACAAUGAUCGAAGGUCAAAACGCUCUGUGCUUUGUGUAAGUUUCAUGUGACAGAUCGUCUAAACACACGUGCUCAGAUUACGAGUGAUCGAAGGUCCAAACGCGCGUGGUCAAAUCGCGUUCUGUGCAUGGGCGUUCAUUCUUAGUGGAAGUCCGAACGAAUGCUGGCUACAUACAUGCGACGCAUACCCAAGAACAACCUGGAGAUUAGGAUUGAGGGCUCCUCUUGUCACCUGCACUUAUUCUUAGAAUUUCGCAGAAUUCAGCCUCGACAUUCUUAUAAAAUAUAUUCUUAAAAUGAUUAUGUAUAAUCUUGCAUAAUCCGAGACCCCGCGCGAGCAAUUGACCGCCGUGAUUUCCACUGUAAAUGUCAAAUUGCAUGGGUAAACGGGAUUUAAAAUUAAGUCACAUAUUUCAAAUCGUAAAGCACCUCACACUUUCUUCCGGCUUUCGAACUGAGACCAACACCUCUGCACAGAUGUUUUCUUCCUUUUUACAAUUCGACAGCGCUCUAGUAAAUCUAUUGUCCAACGAAUUCCCUGCGGCUUAAUCUGCUUAUUCCUUCAGGGAAUUCUCGGCAUCCGAAGCGAGGGUUGUUUCGAUGGCGUUUCUCAAGAGCUACGCAUGUUUAUGCUUAUCUUGUUUCCUUGUUUUUUCCAUGUAGUUGAUGUAUUGAAUUACGCUAUGUUUAGUGCUGGUAACGGCAAUUUCAUGUUGCAUUGGAUCUAUAGCAACAACAAGCUGAUCUUCAACAUGACCUGUAAAGCAACCGGCUGGUGUGCAGUGGGUUUUACAGAAAAUCCUGGCGGUAGAGGUAUGGUAAACUACGAUAUCGCUGCCGGCGGGGUCUCUGCUAAUAACACAUCUUAUCUUGAGGUAAGUUUGUAUAAUGUGAGCGGUUGUACUUUUCGGUAGUGAAGUAAACAAUAAUUGAUCGUUCUCCUGGUUGCUAGAGAAAGAUUGCUUAGAUUAAUAGAUACAUGUCGUACUUUGUAAUAAUUAUAAUCGUCACACUUUGUAAUACCUAUCGCACUUUGUAGUAACAUUGUCGCACUUUGUAAUAAAAUAAGCUGUCGUAAUAAACUUGUAGUAAACUUGAAACACAGGGUGUUUCAACAGUUCGUUCCAAUUGUAAAUUGUAUUUUGCGCAAAGCAUUUAAUGCUUCUUUAGCAAAUGUAAACUGAUUCAGGUAAGAAAUUUAUCUAAAUAACCGUUAAAAGCAAUUUCAAACUAAAAUUUGAAGAAAUUAUAAUUUUUUUUUAAAUUUUUGCCCCAACUGUACACGUACGCGAGGUUUUUCCCGCCAUACAGUUUCCUGCCCAUUUUGUAGGUUUUUUAUUUUGGUAUUUUUAUCGUUUUUUUUUUCAUUUUCUCUACUCCUUCAUAAAAAUGGAGGCCUACACUGUUUGUGCUAGAACUCAGGCAUCUAUUUUUAUGGUCUUCUGGCCAUUCAGUCAAAAAAAAUUCUCAAAUUGUUGAACAAGUCUGAACGAUGACCGAACAAGUGGUCAAAAGUAAAGACCUUAGAAGACAAACCAAGGAGUGCAUGGCCGUUUUAUCACAAACUGUGUGAGAAAUAUUAUCGAAAAAGCUGUAAGUAUAUGCUUAAUAAUUCCACAAAACAGAAAGGUAAAAAAAUUUCAACUUCACAUUACCGAUCAAAGUUUCGAGCAUAACGGUACGAGGAUAAGUUACUAAAAAAAGUUGGAAAGCCUUGAAAAGGAAAAGGCGGUGCACACUUCAUGCAAGCAUGGUGUCAGAAGGAUUUGCCAACUUUAUACCACAGGAGGACCAGCCGGCAAACUCAUGUGAUGUGAACCCCCUAGAGACCAUCUGGAUUAUCGUAGACGAGACAACAUACAAAGAUCCAGCUCCCAAAACACUGGACGAGCUAAGAUAGUGACUACGCUUCGCCUGGAAGAAUGUGACUUUGGACGCGCCUUGGGAGCUCGUACAUUGUAUACCUCACCGCUUAGAAAAUGUCAGAAAACAUACCGGAAGACAUUCUGGUUACUAAUAUUUUAGUUAUUCAAUGUUAAAUAAAUAAUGAAUAACAUACUAAGUUUUGCAAAAGGUUUUUUUUAAUAAUUAGUCAAAUUUAAGCGAAUAAAAAAUCGGAACGAACUUUUGAAACACCCUUUAGAUGGUCGGAGGACAAGUAAACCCAAUAACAAGAAUUCUUAUCGACAACAACAACAAUAAUAACAACAAUAACAAUAAUAGUUGUUUAUCGUUAAUAUUAUUAUCAUAAUCAGGAUUUAAGAGAAAUACAUAAGGUGGGACGAAUUCUAAAAUUAAACUAAAACUCUUUUACUUUUGUACUGAAACGAAGGAGGAGAGAAAUCACUGCCCACACUAGUCUGUUUACUGAACUUGUUACUACAUACAAAUUCCCUUGUUUAUGUCUUUCCAUCCGAUGAUAAACAAUUAUUGGAUGAGGUUUUUGUGAUAUCCCGAGUCAUUAAUAAUUCGUAAAGGAAAAACAAAAAAGCUAUAUUUUAUUAGUGUCUUUAUAUCUGACAUAGACACGGCUAAACUUUACUUCCAAUUACAACUUACACCAAAAUAACCCAAACUGACUCUAUAUGUGACCUACAGGAUUACUGGAGCACCACAACGUCAGCAUUACCAAAAGAUGCUGUUAACAACUUUGAGCUACUUGAAGCCACGGAAAUGGGUGGAUAUACCAGCGUUAAAUUUGAAAGAAAUUUGACGACAGGAGAAUCAAACUUAGAUGUUCAGUUUACGGUAAGCUUGUACAACAAAUAUUCCAGUAACAUCUGUGAGUGAACUCGUCUCUGUAGCUAGUCUUUACCCUAGACCGUUAAGUAAAACUUAUGAGCUGCUAAGUUUUACUUAACCAAAGAUACAUGUGUGAAGGCCUAAGAAAAAUUUCAAGUUUUUUUACUUGGCAUGUCAUUGAAGUUGGAAAGUUGAAACGAUUCAAGAAAAAAAGCUUCAAGUGACUUAAAAACCAUCCUUAAAACCGACUUUGCGAACUUGCGCUUUCUAAAGCUUUGUCUGAGGCAAAGCAUGUCAAUCAAUCUUAAUUAUAAUCCUUGGGAAAAAAGACUUAAGUUAACCUGAAGUAAAAAAAGGAUCAUUUGUGUCUGAAGCUUUAUUUUAUAUGAUACUACUUUUCACGAAAAAGGUACCCCUUUCGUAUACCUUCUAUUGACGAAUGGUACCCCUUUAACAUACCCUGUUUAGAACUUUCAUCCCUUUUAACUGCUGUAAAAACACUGUCUUUUAAAUAGGAAUCAAUCACAAAAAUAGAAUGUUCUCCCAACUUCAGUUAUAAAGCCAUAGAAUUCAUCUGUUUGCGGCAUUUUUGGGUUAGGGGUACCGUUACUGUUUUCAUUAAUAAAAAAUUGGAAUGUAGAUGACGCGUACAGUAAUUGAGAAAACAACUUAAAAUCUCCCUUCAGUACAUAAAAAGUUUAUAAAACACGUUUAAAAUUCGACUAUAAAAUCGCAACAAGUGCACUUUCUGUGUACUUCGCAAACUUGUCAAUUGAUAAUUUUCAGUUAUAAUUUACUGCCGGCUUUUUACAUAGUUUCUUUCUUUGUCUACCUUUGGAAAUCAGAUCAAUACUGAAGUCUAUAUUGUCUGGGCUAUGCACUCAACUACGGAUGCCAAUACAGCGGUGGCAAAUUUGGGUCCACAGCACACUAGCAGGGGAAUAUCAGCGAAUAAGCAAAACCUGAUCGCUAUGGCCAUGGCUGCAGGGAUGACACCUACCACCACUACCAUGAUGAUGCCAUCCACAUCUGUUGUUUCUACGCCUCAACCAACAGGUAAUGACAGAUGUCAAUAUAAAUAA